GUGCUCCUGCUGAUGCAGCUGCGGAAGACCUUUCUGCACCCGCUGCAGGUGAUGCUGCUCAUGGCGUUCACGGUGAAGCUGGAGGCCACCAAGCUGUUACGCGACUACAAGCAGACGAUGCUGGACUCCAUCAAGUCCACGGUUGACGAGGCCAUCAACCCCUUCGCCGAGCAGCUCUCCAAACACGCCGGGUCCGCUGCUGAGCUGGCCCAAGGUGUCAAGGACCUCCCCAAGAUGGUUGAUGAUGCUGUUGCUAAGCGUCUGGAUGGUCAGAAUCGCCGCCUACAGGAGCAGCUCGACGGGAUACACACUCGGCUGCGAGCCCACAAGACCCGACUGGACACCCACGACUCUGACAUCUCCUUCCUCAAGGCCGAGAUCAAGAAGUUGCACGAGCUCCUCGCCGUCGCCAAUGACGUUCCCAAGGCGCCGCUGGUUUCCGCCGCAGGUUUCGAUCGUGAUACCGACCCGUGCGUUAUCAAAGUCAUUGCUGCCAAGCUCACGGCCCUCGAACAUGUUCAGCAGGCCCUUUCUGAUUGGAUCGCCGAGGUCGGUGUCGAGGCGAAAUUCUCCAAGAUCUCAUCAUCGGAGGCCGUCAGCCGCAGCUUCUCCGUCGACUUCGUCGUUGCUCGGGAGAUUCGGGACGCCUUCAAAGAGAUCGACUCCACCAAGCGCUGGUUUGUUGACAAGGACCGCGGCUACGUCAUGGCAGGCUGGGACCCGAUUCUCAGGAUCAGCCCGAACCCUGGCAACGCGCCGCCCACGCUCAACUGGGCCGACAACCUCAUCACCAAGCUUGGGCUCCCGAAGCAGCAGUUAUCGGCGGCGGCUGCCGCCAUCGUG